AAAUAAUUGUUAUUAUUGACAGAGUGAUAAUGUGAGCUGGAAGCGACGACGUAUUUUUGGUGCAUACUCGAGGGCGCGUUUGGUCGGUAAGUGCCGAGAUCCAAGCGUCAGCCCCAUCGAGAAAUCGUGAAAUUUCCGUGUAGGCUUUAUUCAACAAAGACAUAAUUUUUUUCUGUCAAACUUAUCGUCACGAGGAUACAGGUUAUGUGAGCUCUGCGAGUAGAGCGAGUGAGUGAGCUCAUCCUCCCCUUGCUCGCCGUUGUUCGAGGCGAGUCAUCGCAGGAUGGGCCAGGGUACGGAAACGUGCGCUGAUCGGCCCACGGAGGUCAGCGUCAUCAGAUUUGUCUCGCGAAAUCGUACCAUCGAGGAAAUUGCACCGAAAAAGGAAGUAUAUACUUGCAAACAACGAGGUUGUGGUAAGGUGUUCACUAAUCAAGAUGAAUAUAAAACACAUGAGGCACUAGAAGCUUUAAAAAUUCGAUUUAUUUGUCGUGAGCCAGGUUGUGGAGAAGAAUUAUCAGAUCCGGGUAGUAUGUGGAGACAUUAUCAAGAAUGGCAUAAUAAUGAAACAAAUGUCUUUGUAUGUCCAUAUACCAAUUGUGGAUCUUUGCAAUCUACUAGUGGUAAUCUUGAAGAGCAUAUUGAAAGUUGUCAUAGACAACCACCCACACUGCCAAUAGAGCCUGAGAUAAUUUGUUUCGAAGGCCCCGAAAAUGCAAUAGACGAAGAAGUCAUGCAAAAGACUGACGAGGGAUGUUACGAAAAACUGCCAAGUGAAAAUUUUACUAUAAAAGAAGAAUAUGGAAAUAAAGAAGAAAAUUGUUCUAUUAGAAACGAAGCAAAAAUUCAGGUGAAGAACGAGUUUUGUCAUGAGCAAAAGAUUACGAACAGCGAAGACUAUUCGAAUAAUGAAUCUUUGAAUGGUAUGAACAAGUUUUCAAAUAGUGAAGAUUUGCUUAUAAUGAAAGAUAAUUUCUUACGAAAAUACGAUACUGGAACUCCAAAAUGUGAAGAAAUCCUUCAAGUGGAGUGCACGCAGGAUAAGAAUAAUGUGGUUUACAUAAAUAGCGACAUAACUAUUACGAAAAAUAUGAAAAUGGAAAUAUGCAAUUUAAAUUUACGAAAUCAGGAGCAUAGAAUAGAUUUAGGAAAUAUGGAACGAGUUUUUCGAAACGGUCUUGAGCGUGAAAAUUCUUUAAAAAUCGAAGAGAGCUCGAUGGAAACAAAUAGCAAUUGUUCGGAUGACGAGGAGUACACUCCAAAAAAACAACGCAUGUCUAGGUACAAACAAGAAACAUAUAAAUGCGACAUCAAUGGUUGCGGAAAGAAGUACAAAUACAUAUCGCAUUAUCGUCAUCAUCAAGACAGUCAUAAAUUAGUCACAAAUACAAUUAAUUCCAAUAAUGAUAAGCAAAUGCCAAAGGUAAAGCAAGGAAAGGCAUCUACUGUCAGCUUCUUUAUAUGCAAAAUGCCUGGAUGUGGUGCGCAGGUAAACAACGUUACUGGCCUAUGGAAGCAUUAUCAGGACAAUCAUGCCAAUUCCAAGCCGCCGGUUGUACAAACUACCAAAAACAAUGAAGUAUUUCAGUAAAGCUUUUACGAAUCGAUUUUCGUAAUAUUACUCUUGUUGCGAACAGCUCGCACACAUAGCGUAAAUAAUUGUAAUAACCCGUUAUCAGAGGCAAGAUAUUGGAAUGCGAGGCAGAGUUGUACAAACAUUUCGAUCAAGUUUACUCCGAUAAUUCCACCGAGUGACAGGAACGGAAAGACUGGUUAUGGGAGUAGCAUUCGUUUUACUGAGAUAUUGCAAGAGGACGCUACUACCCAGUAGAGAAAUUUUAAGACUGAAUUCAAAGCCAAGCAUAAUAUUAAUUUGAUUACGCCGAAAGUGGCGGCACCACUUAUAAUCUUAAUAGUUAAAA